CUGCCCAUUGGUCCGAAGGCACUUCACUCAGGUAGGGAGGCGGACUGUGCGAGGAGGAAGCGGCUGGAAGCUGUGCGGCCACCCGGGUGGGAUGGAGGCGGCAGCAGAGCCUGGAAACCUGGCCGGCGUCCGGCACAUCAUCCUCGUUCUUUCGGGAAAGGGGGGUGUUGGGAAAAGCACCAUCUCCACGGAGCUGGCCCUGGCCCUGCGCCAUGCGGGCAAGAAGGUGGGUAUCCUUGACGUGGACCUGUGUGGCCCCAGCAUCCCCCGCAUGCUCCAGGUGCAGGGCAAGGCUGUGCAUCAGUGUGACAGUGGCUGGGUGCCUGUCUUCGUGGACCAGGAGCAGAGCAUCUCCCUCAUGUCUGUGGGCUUCCUGCUAGAGAAGCCGGAUGAGGCAGUGGUGUGGAGAGGCCCCAAGAAGAACGCACUGAUAAAGCAGUUUGUGUCCGAUGUGGCCUGGGGGCAGCUGGACUACCUGGUUGUGGACACGCCCCCAGGGACCUCUGAUGAGCACAUGGCCGUGGUGGACACCCUGCGCCCCUACAGCCCCCUGGGGGCCCUCGUGGUCACCACGCCCCAGGCAGUGUCCGUGGGGGAUGUGAGGCGGGAGCUGACCUUCUGUAAGAAGGUGGGGUUGCGGGUGAUCGGGGUCGUGGAGAACAUGAGCGGCUUCGUCUGCCCACACUGCGCGGAGUGCACCAACGUCUUCUCCAGGGGAGGCGGCGAAGAGCUGGCCAGACACGCUGGAGUCCCCUUCCUGGGCUCUGUGCCCCUGGACCCCGAGCUCACGCGGAGCCUGGAGGAGGGCCGAGACUUCAUCCGGGGGUUCCCCGAGAGCCCCGCGUUUCCCGCGCUCUCUUGCAUAGCCCAGAAGAUUCUGAAUGAGGCGCCUGUUGGACUCUCCUGACCAAGGCAGUUUGAGUGUCUCCUCUGUGUGCUGUGGGGCUCAUGCUCACAGCCCGGAACAGAGGCGGUGGCACAGUUCCUGAAACCCGUGGCCCUGGGUUGCCAUAACCACGUGCUCCUCUCCCCGUGGGCCUGCCCUGGACAUUUCUGGUGCUUCAGCAGCAUCUCAGCAUCAGAGCCACUGACAGUCAGUGGUUCCACCUGGUCGGCCUGUGGCAGGGCCCGGGGAUAGCGUGAGGUCGCGAUGCCAUGGCCUGACCUCCCUGGUGGUGCAGCUCAGUACUCACAUGCCCCAGAUAGAUGGGCUGCUCCCAACAGCCAAGUCUCCACGUUGUUCACAAAGCUUGUGUGUCUGGGAGCGCACUGGGCCUAUAAUCCUGGUGAAAUAGGCAGCAGCACCCAGUAAGGUGUCAAACUUGUAAUUCAGAGGAGCCCAAAAUAAACCCGUCCCACCGCUGUGGUUACA